UUCAAUAAUUGUCGUAACCUUUUAGUUAUAAUUUACAACGGAUUUCAUUAUUAGGGCCUAUAUAUGUUUGCAAUAGUGACUAGAUAACAAGUAAUAUUCAUUUUUUGUUAUUUUCUUUUAAGUCUGAAUGUAUUUUUUUCUUAAUUUAAUUUAAUUUAAAAAUAAUCGCUCGUAGGCUUUUAUUCCCAAGGAAACCAGAAAUAGGAAGUGACGUAUUGCAGCCUGAGCCUUUUCCGCUCUCUUUUCGUUGAGGCUCAGCUAACGGCCGGCCUGCAAACAUGCAGAUCUUCGUGAAGACGUUGACGGGGAAGACCAUCACCCUCGAGGUUGAGCCCAGCGAUACUAUCGAAAAUGUCAAGGCAAAGAUCCAGGACAAGGAAGGAAUUCCCCCAGAUCAGCAGCGUCUGAUCUUCGCUGGCAAACAGCUUGAGGAUGGACGUACGCUCUCUGACUACAACAUUCAGAAAGAAUCCACUCUGCAUCUGGUUCUGCGUCUGCGUGGAGGCAUCAUCGAGCCUUCUCUCAGGAUGCUGGCCCAGAAGUACAACUGCGACAAGAUGAUCUGCCGCAAGUGCUAUGCCCGUCUGCACCCCCGUGCCGUCAACUGCCGCAAGAAGAAGUGUGGCCACACCAACAACCUUCGCCCCAAGAAGAAGCUGAAGUAGACAUUUGAACUAAAUCGGCUCUCUAUGCCAUUUUGUGUUAAAAUAAAUGUGAGAAAAUGGUG